CCGAGACUACCGGCGCGGCGUAGACCGCGCAUCGGGCCACAAAGCUUCCCGAAAAGGGAAUAAGCGCUCGGUACGACGGUACUCCAGCUCAACUCAACCCGCGGUUGCUUCCUUAGGUAACUCCCACGUACGACCAAGCAGACCAGCGUGGACGACACCGGCGAGAACGCAUGCCAGCGCAGCGGUUCAAUCGGAAUCAAUCCGCUGCCCCUCGCUUCUGCGCGUGCCCGUCUGCCCCUCCCCGCCUGGUCCCCGCCUUCCACGCCUGCACAGGCAUCGGUGGAUCAUCUUUUCUAUUGAGCCUCGACCUCCCCUCUCGACAGUGACCAGCAGACCGCUUGCGACCAUUUUGUCACGGGGAUUGUGGAAGAUCCGGUUUUCGGAACGAUUGACUUCCUCAGAUGAGUGGCAACGUUCUUGUUGACAAUGCAUGUCUUGAUGGUGCACGCAGACUCGCCCUGUGGUCGUGUGGCAGGUUCGCCUCAUGUUCUAAUCAUACAACCUCAAACACUAAAUACGCCUACUGUGCGAACGGGCUGCACUGCGGAUUCUGGCCAGGAGCUGUCCAGAUUCUAGAUGCAUCCUGCGUCCGGAUUCUGUUUAUCCGCGGACUCGUACAUCCCACAGUCACAGUGACUGCUUCUACUCCAGGCACACUUUAUUUCAUUAUGAUCCUCGUCCUUUCGGUAACAAUGAUGGUUCUCAGCCUCACCAAAGCUCUUUAUUUUGCCGGCUUCAUGCCACCCAUUAGCCACACGUUGCAGACAGUAUUGCUGUCGCACUUCUACCUCAACUUACACGAAGCAAGCGCCAAUCGGGGCGGCAUGCUCUCCGACGCGUCACAGCAACCUGAUCUCCGCUUUGCGCGUAUUGUAGGAACACUUGCGCAGUCCUCCGUAUAUGACGAUCAGAGGAUCUUGGCGCCCGGAGACUCGGAUGUAGAAGACGACCUCGAUGCGGACGAGGAACAGCGGGAACACCGAGAAGCUGAGAGCGAGGUAUCAAUGGUCUCGCGGAGCAGCGCCGUAGACCACGAAUCACAUCCCUCAGGCUGAGGUCAUUUCUGUGAAAGGGUCCCGGAGAUUGGGUCUGUUUCGCGUGU